CAUUGAUCAAGUCAGAGUACCUUCAUAUUCGUUUUGCAACAUGACUUGCUGAAUAUUUUUCUCUUACGCAUUUGCAAAAUACAAAUCGACGUAUCUUGCAGUUAGUUAUCAGUUGAUAACCACAUGAUAAGUGUUAGUUGCGAAAAAAAAACGUAUAAAAGCUCGAAAGUGCACGCAAAGUGCGAAUAGUGGUGUGUACACACUCGGCAUAACGAUCAACACAAAUGCGCUAACUAAAUGCUUAAAACUAAUAUUUAUGGUUAUAUAAGUGUGAGCUUGCUAAUACUCAUCGCCACUGUCGAGGCACAACACGAGCCACACUGGUGGGCUGAGCGAAGUGCCAUUGUGCAGCUCUUCGAAUGGAAAUGGACGGAUAUAGCUAGAGAAUGCGAGCGCUUUCUAGCCCCACGCGGUUUCGCCGGCGUACAGGUCUCGCCCGUUGCUGAGAAUGUAGUGAUUGCCGGUCGUCCGUGGUGGGAGCGUUAUCAGCCGGUCUCCUACAAAUUGAUUACACGUUCUGGCAAUGAGACCGAGUUCGCUGAUAUGGUGCGCAGUUGUAACGCUGUCGGCGUGCGUAUUUACGUUGAUGUGUUGCUCAAUCAUAUGGCUGCCUCGUAUGAUGGUGUCGUGUAUGGCACUGGCGGCUCGUUUGCCUAUCCGAACGCGAAGAAUUUUCCCGCUGUGCCAUAUACAGCGCAUGAUUUUCACUCGACUUGUGAUAUACAGGAUUGGAACGAUCGUUUUCAAGUGCAAAAUUGCGAACUGGUACGCCUGAAAGACUUGGAUCAAAGUAGUGACCGUGUGCGUGCACAACUGUUAGGAUUUCUAAAUCACCUCAUUGAGUUAGGUGUGGCGGGUUUUCGUGUAGAUGCCGCCAAGCAUAUGCCGGCGGAAGAUUUAAAGCUAAUUUAUGAUAGUUUGCCUGAUCUCAACACCGCGCAUGGUUUUGCACGCAAUGCACGUCCUUUCAUCUAUCAGGAAGUAGUCGAUUAUGGUUACGAACAGAUCAGCAAAUAUGAGUACAGCCCGCUGGGCGCUGUGACAGAAUUUCGUUUCUCAGAAGAAAUAGGUGGCGCAUUUCGUGGCUAUAAUCAACUUAAGUGGCUGCGUAACUGGGGUACCGAGUGGAGCUUCUUACCCACCGAACACGCUUUCGUCUUUAUCGAUAAUCAUGAUAAGCAGCGCGAAGCUGGCAAUGUGCUCACAUAUAAAAAUGCCAAGCAAUACAAAAUGGCCAACGCUUUCGCUUUAGCUUACCCCUACGGCAUAAUGCGCGUGAUGAGCUCUUUUGAUUUCCGAGAUCAUGAUCAGGCACCGCCAGCUGAUGAAAAUGAACAAAUACUCUCACCGGAGUUUGACAAAGAUGGCGCCUGUACAAACGGUUGGGUUUGUGAGCACCGUUGGCGUCAAAUCUAUAAUAUGGUGGACUUUAAGAAUGCAGUGCGCGGCGCUGAAAUGUCUAAUUGGUGGGACAACGACGAUAACCAAAUUGCUUUCUGUCGCGACAAACGUGGUUUUAUCGCCUUCAAUGGCAAUAACUGGGAUCUGAAGCAGCGUUUACAUACUUGCCUGCCUGCGGGGGUUUACUGUGAUGUAAUCUCUGGUGCGCUGCUGAAUGGAAAGUGUACGAGUAAAACAGUGGUUGUGGACGACUGGGGAAAUGCCGAUAUUGUUUUGGGUGCAGAUGAGUUCGAUGGCGUCUUGGCCAUACACGUAAAUGCGAAGUUAGAAGAGCAAAAAGAGCGCAAGGAAAAAAUUAUAAUUCGAAUGCUGUUAAUGGAAAUUUCAAACGAGUGUCGUAUAUACUAUGUGUUACAAAAUCAGUAUUCGUUUAUAAGGUUAAGUGAAGCCGUAAACGUAUUUACGGAAACGAAUUUGAAAUUUGUAAAUAUUGACUCUCUGUCUACGGAGGAAGAGAAUAUUGUGUAUAAACCGAGUAUUCGUAAUAAAGUAGAUUAUGUUUUCGGAAUUUGGCGGAUGUUAGUUUAUUUAUAAUAGGAUUUCUAGUUUCCAGUAAUGAAGCGUUUGUUAUUUGCUCGAGAUCAGCGUUUGAAAAAUACUAAUGUUCAUUUACUCUCAUAAGACAAAACAGCAGUUCUUCAAGAUUGAACAAGAGAACUAUAAAUGAGCUUUGUAAAUUUCAACACUGUAUUCUCGAUUUCCU